CGCAACUCUAACCUCAGCUUCCAACCAACGUUAAUUAAAUCAAAAUAAGAUGUUAAUCACCCUCACCACACCUCCCACCUGUCUUUUCCUAGGACUGCAUACAUAGAACCCACCACAACCACAAUGGCCCACCCCGUCCGCGCCUGGACCUUCACCAACGGCUACCCCUCCACCCUGCGCCUCUCCACCAUCCCAAUCCCCCAAGAAAAUGACGUCCAACCCACGCACAUGCUCGUCAAAAUCGCCGCCUGCGCCCUCAACCCCGUCGACAUCCAGAUCAUGAACCUGCCGCACUUCUCCCUCCCCACGCUCAACGGCGAAAAAACCACCGUCAUGGACUUUGCCGGCACCGUCGUCGCCGGCGGCGGUGCCCAGUUCUCCAAAGGCGACAAAGUGUUUGGCAUGGCGUUUGCGUCGUAUGCGCCCGCGGGGGGUGCGUUGGCCGAGUACGCGCACUUCCCUCUUGCAACGACGGUCGCGGUGAAGAAGCCCCGCGCGUGGCCGGUGGACAAGGCCGCGGCGAUCAGUCUGGUGUGGUUGACGGCGAAGGCGUGUGUCGAGGCUGUGGCGCCGUGGGUCGAAGCCACGGCGAGCAAGCGCGUUGCUGUGCUGGGCGGCAGCAGCGCGACAGGCAUGUACAUCACCAUGCUGGUCAAGCGGCGGGGGUGGAAAGUGGUUGCUACCAGUUCGGCAAGAAACCGGGGGUUCGUGGUGGACGAAUUGAAGGCUGAUGCGCAUGUGGAUUAUACCUCCGAACAUGUGCGGACUGCGGUGGGCAAGUUCGAGCCCGAUGCCGUGGUGGAUUGUGUCGGGGGGACUGAGUGCAUCGGGUUGCCGUCGAGUAAGAGGUAUGUCACUAUUGUGGGGGAUAAGACCGGAAGGACGAUGAUGGGGGGCCCGGCGACGUAUUAUGAUAUGAUGCAUCCGGUUCAUGCUGCUGCGCAGUGGGUGAGGUGGGCGAAGGGGAAGUAUGGGCUGGGGGAGAGCUACGAUGUCGUUAUUCUUGAUCAGAAGAGCGAGUGGCUUGAAGAGGCGAAGGAGACGCUUUCCCCAGAGGAUAUAUACAUUGACAGUGUGUACGAGUUUGAGGACGCGAAGCAGGCGUUUGAGAGACUGAACACGGGGCGCGCAAAGGGCAAAGUGGUGAUAAGAAUUGGCGAGCGGAGUAGCACUUGAACGUCAAAGGAGGCCUGUCGCAGCCGUACAAGUAAGUAUCAGAGUAAGAGGUAAAAAGAGUACGACGUCUGAAGAUAUUUUCACCAUUACGACCGACGCUGUCAUCAUACUUUAGACUCUCAAGGCCCUCACAGCCUCACCUCCGUCGUCCGAUUCGUCUCCACAUCCAGCACGAACCCAAAUACCUGCACAUCCUUGGGCAACAGCUUAUCUGCCACAAUAAGCUUCAUAUCCUCCCUCACGCUUUCCUCCUCCGUUUGGCUGCACCGCCUUAG